ACACCUUUUUUGCUUGAAAUCGCUUGAGAUUAAAGAUGGUGCCUUACUGUUGCUCGGGCGAUCCAGAAGACAUCGAUUCUCAGUAGACGGAAGGGAGCUCGUACAUAUUUGUAGUACUCGCAGGAAGUCGUGUAAAAGUGACCGAACGCGAUCUGUCCACUCUCCAGGAAUUCUAAAGGAAUCUAACGAAAGCCAGUGAUCUGGUCUCCGGCCAAAAUGGACAACGUACCAACAGGAGAGGACGCCUCCCUUCGCUCGGGCUCGCUGUCCCCAUCGGCCGACAACGUGGCCAACGAGCUGCAGGGUCUGUCUCUCGAGGAGCAGGAGCGCCAGAAGGAGGAAUGGAGCGACGAGCUCGCCAAGGUUGAAGAAGAAAUCCAAACUUUGAGGCACGUCCUGGCCAACAAAGUGAGGGUCUCGCAGGACCUGAAGAGAAAACUGGGAAUCACCGUCUGGAAGGAGCUCAGCGAGGACGUCAACCAGGGCCUUCGAAAUGUCAAAGAGAGCCAAGUUUGUCAAAACGUCGGCCAGAAAUUCAGUCACUUCACCAAGGCCGUCUCCGAAAACAGUUUAUUCCAGAAGACGGAGUCAGUAUUCAAGACGACGGCCGAGAAGACAACCAGCAUUUUGGGCGGAUUCGGUAGCGGAAUCUCGAUGAAACUGGGCCAGAUGCGGAAUUCCGACAGCUUCCGUUCUCUCGAGGAGAAAGUUGGCUCCGCUUAUGAAAACGUCAAGACUAAAGUCGUGCCGUCGAGGUCCAAUUCGGCGCAGAGCUUCGACGAGGCGUUAAGAGAGUCCGAGGGCGCAAGACGGGUGUCAUCCGGUUUGUCGGCAACCAGCCCCACCAUCCCCGAAGACAAGCUCCUCUCUUAGAGACCCUUCGGAGGACCUCGGACCUUCGUUCUCUCCGUAACACGUUCACUCGAUCGAACGCGACCUUGGAUUCGUUGUUACAACCUUAGCCUCGCAACUUUUCUCUGGCACUAUCCGGGGCCUUGGUACAGUCGAAAGGAUUAAGGCGACGUGAAAGUGGGGUCAAAGAUGUUUCGUUUAUGAAACUUUUCUCCGAAUUGGGUGUACCGAAUCGUUUCAAA